UCUGAAAUCUCCUUUGUUGCACUUCAAUCACAAAGUGACUUUUUCCCACAGAAUGUUUUUCUGAGUGAGGACGUCAUGAGCUUCUCCUCCUCAGAAACCUGCAGCAGCUCUGUACUUCAUCACACCUGGAGGUUUUAGUUUCAUGUCCAGCUCAUGAAGAGCUGUUCUUUCAGUCUGUCACGCAGCGUGCAGCCAGAGUUACGUGCAGAUGAGAAGAACCGAAGCAGGACUUUGCACCUUCAGCAGCUUCUGGACUCUUUGGUCCGAGCUUCAUCUCAGAACCUCGGCUAGAAUGAGCUCAGAGCUUCUCAGCAUGUUGGCAUGGUUUCAGAUGAAGAACUUCAGCGGCCUGUUGGAGACGCACAGGAAGUAGCAGCAUUGACUCCAUGAGUUCAGCUGGUUUUUCCAGGAAACCGUCCGACUUUUCAGAAACCAUGAGUCUUCUUAACAGAGAUGGUGUACAGACAGGCUGUGGAGACGGCCUGCUCCUGAAGAUCAGAGCACGGCUGGAGGAGAUGUUCACUGACGCUCACCUGGCGGAGGACGGCUUCCUGCUGAAACACCUGCAGAGCAGGAACGGCUUCGUCAGCCUCAAGCUGCUCACCUGUCUGAAGAAGAUAAAGACCCUGACACCAGACUGGCACGUGACCCUGGAAGCUGCUCUGUCCUCUGACCUGCUGGAGGUGAACGAUGAACGCACCAAGUUGAGGCGCAAACGGCCGCUUCCCCAAUGGCUGCUGUGUUCUCCUACCAGCAAACUGCUGCUCAUCUGUAACGCCGCCGAGGAGCAGAGCAGGAGGGCGGAGCAUCACUCCCUCCUCCAGACGCUACUCCAGAAGUUGGGCCUUUCGGACAGCAUUUCUGCCCUCUGGAUUCUGAUUCCCGGUGAGGAGCUUCCCAAAGAGCUCCAGUGCUACACCAAACGCCACCAGGAGCUGGGCCAGCACGCGUGCACGGUGGUGAAGUUUGACCUUCUGGAGAAGGUCAGAAGGGCGUUCAGAGACCUGCAAGGAGAGGGCUUAAGAGUCGUAGCUUUGGGAUGCAAGUCGAUGUGUAACUUCAGCAAACCUCCACCCAGGGAGGAGACAAACACGCCACAAGAUGAGGACAGAAGUCCUGAAAUGACGCUCAGUCCACCUGAACGAUCUUCACCUGCGGAGCUCCAUGAGGUUCAGACAGAACCGGAUCCGCUGGAAGACAUCAAACUGGGGACGUUCCCCCCCGACUGUGACGUCUGCUCCUGGGGUCAGAAUGAUGACCUACCCGCCAACAUGUGCUUCGGAGACGCCAGCGACGAGUGUCCGUGGGUUCUGAGGCGCAGAUCCACAGCCAGACACUCGGCGCCCAAAACGCUGAGAGUGCUGCGGCAGCCUCUUGGUCCUGAUGGUGGGAGGGGCUUUGAUCCCAAAAGGAGGGAUCAGACCACAGUUUUACCUUCAUGACACUGAAAUUCUUUACAGUGAUAAUAAACAGAUUUGUUGAGAA